UCACAUAGAGGAUGAUUUCCGACAAUUGAGACUCUUUGGAUACCAUGCGCAACGCUUCUCCUGGAGAGAUGUUGGAAUCCAACAAGUCUUUGCGUGAGAGCAAUGUCACCAAAAGUGGCAGCUGUGGAUCCGUAUCAGUUGUUUUCCCCAUUACUAUGAUGGUAACGGGAAUGGUGGGCAAUUCUCUCGCUCUUAUGCUGGUAUAUAGCUCGUACAGAAAAAAAGAAAAUAACAGGAAAAAGUCUUUCCUACUCUGCAUAGGGUCGCUGGCAUUGACAGAUCUGUUUGGACAGCUUCUCACUAGCCCGAUAGUUAUAUCGGUUUACAGAGCCGAUUUGAAAUGGGACCGCAUAGACUCAUCGGGGAGUCUGUGUGCUUUCUUUGGCGUGUGUAUGACAACUUUUGGCUUGUGUUCUCUAUUCUUUGCCAGCGCAAUGGCAAUUGAGAGGGCAUUGGCGAUUACAAGUCCUCAUUGGUACUCCAAUCACAUGAAGACAAGUGUGACAAAGCAAAUUCUGGCAGUUAUAUUGUGUCUUGUUCUUUUUUUCUCGCUGUUGCCGGUCGCAGGAGUUGGGCACUAUACGCUGCAAUGGCCAGGCACUUGGUGCUUCAUAAGCACUGGAGACAGAGAGGUCCCGGGCAACAUGUUUUUCUCCGUCACUUUCGCUGUUCUUGGGAUAUUCUCACUUCUUGUGACUUUCUCCUGCAACGUCGUCACAAUUCGUGGAUUAGUUAUUCGUUGCAAAACGAAAUCGGGCACAUCUCAGUCAUCCAAGCAGUGGGAACGAUUAACCACGGAGACAGUCAUUCAACUAUUGGGAAUCAUGUGUGUACUGCUUAUAUGCUGGGUUCCUUUACUGGUGCUGAUGUUAAGAAUGAUCUCGACACAGACGUCGUCACAUCACUGCAAACCGGCAGAAGUGUCUUUCACUCCGAGUCAAGACAUCCAGGUGGACUGUAACUUCUUUCUCACCGCCAUUCGCCUGGCCUCUCUGAACCAGAUCCUGGACCCUUGGGUUUACCUGCUUCUAAGGGAGAUUAUACUGCGCAAGUUCUGCCAGGUGGCCAAUGCUGUGUCCAACUGCUCCAUAGACGGACAAAAGGAGACUCAGACGGCCCUGGAUGUUCUCAACAAGCAGCCUUCUGACACUAACGGUCUGUAGAAACAGUAAAUGUACCCGAUCAAACUUAAGGAUAACCUGACCUGAUUACAAUUGUUUUUUAUUCUAUCACCCACAGUCCAAAAACAGUUAUUGUGCAAUAAUGUUGUGCCACUAAUGACAGAAAUUACUUUGUUAGUGUGUUAAAUGGACCUGGCAAUGCUCUCCAUGUGCACUCAUUUUUGUUUGGUUGCAUAUAUUCUAGUGAGGCUCACAAAACCAGAAUGUGAAAACGUGACCUCUGCAACCUUCACUUUGGACUGAUAAAGCCAAUGAGUUCCAGGGGGAUUUUUUUACAUGGUUGCUCAAUAAACAUUACAGCCCUACCAAACACAAACAGACAUUCUCAAUCAGAAGAUACCAUUUUGUUUUUCAACCAACAAGUUAAAACAACAGAUGACAACUGUUAAUGGAAUAUAGUUUUUGACUUUCUGGAAUCACAUUUGCAUUUCAUGUAACAAAGUUGAUGUUAAAUGUAAUGAUGGCUGGAAUGUGUGACAUUUUUUAUUCAAAUCAGUCUUCACUUUGUCAUGUGUAAUAGACUAGAUUUGUAAUCAAAUUUUAAAAAAAGGGGAACCUCUGAAGUGCAAGGCAAGUGUACUUAAAACUGGAAUAGAUUGCACAGUAUUAUAUAUGCUAAUUGAAGAAGAUUGCAAAAUGUAUUGAUAUAUGGAAAAGGCAUUGAUAUUUGUUGUUUCUGUGUUGAACACUGAAAUGUGUGUUUAACUCGGAAUGUGCUGAAGAUGCUACCUAUUGGGGAUAUGCUGUCAUAUGUUCAGGGGGGUCCACAAUUAUUGGCACCCUUGAUAAAAAUAUGAGCCAAAUUUUUUUUAUAGAAUAAAUAGAAUUUCUAUAUUAUAUGCAAAACAAAUAGGACAUUUAUAUUAUUUUAUGCUAAUACAAUUGCUCUGAUAAAGAUUUUGUUUAACUCCUGAGUGGCACAGCGGUCUAAGGCACAGCAUCGCAGCGCUAGAGGCGUCACUACACUAGCCUGGUUGGAAACCAGUAUCACAACUGGCCAUGAUUGAGAGUCCCAUAGGGCGGUGCACAAUUGGCCCAGCGUUGUCCGUGUUUGGC